AUGGCUGACCCUCUCCUUACAGUGACCUGGCAGACGGCCACUGGUGCCAAGCGUCGAGAGGAGCCGCUGUGUGGGAACAGGCAGAAGGACACAGCCUCUUGUGACCCACAGCAGGCCUUGCUCAAGGCACUCUCCUUGCUGGGCAGCAAUGACUGGGAGCUGAAGGAGAAGGCACUCUCCAGCAUCCAACAGCUGGCUGGGUCCCAUUCAGAAGUCAUGCUUUGUAGACUUUGUGAAAUUUGCCUGGCAGUCACCAGCGAGGUGAGCAACCUCCGCUCCAAGGUGUCCUACGCUGCAAUCAUCACUCUUGGAGAGCUCUUUGCAACCUUGAAGAAGGACAUGGACUCCGAGGUGGAUGAGGUUGCUCAGGUCCUGCUCCUGAUGGUUUGGAAUUCCCCAGAGUUUGUUGAGAAAGCAGCCAAUCAGACCCUGGGGAUCAUGGUUGAGAAUGUGACUCCUGCACGAGCACUGGCUGCUCUCAUGGACAGGGGAGCCAAGAGCCGCUACGUCCAGGUGCGGAAGUGUGCGGCCAAACUCCUCCUGUCCUUGAUGGGGACAAUUGGAGUCACGAAGCUCGCAGACACACCCAGGGCUGAGAGCCUGGCGCAGGUGGCAGGGAAGCUUGCUCAGGAUGGUCACAAGGACACAAGGCACUAUGGACAGGAGAUGGUGAAGAUGUUGCUAAGUCAUCAAAAAUUUAAAAGGCUUUUGGAGCAAUCUGUUUCUACCUGUGACCUGGAAGAUAUUCUGACAAGAAUUAAGAAGAAAGAGAUGGAAAACCAGAAGAGUGAAGGCCCAUCUGUCAAGAUGCUGGUGAAGAAGAGCAGCGAUUCCUCAAAGAAGCCCCAGGCCACAUUGCCUUCAGUAAACGAAACGGAGCUGCUCCAGAAGCUUUACAAUCUCCUGGAAGCCAAGGGGUUUCAGACACGGCUGGAAGGAGUGGCAUUCCUUCUCAAGCUGUGCAAAACCAGCCCCCAGCUCAUCUCCACUAACAUUGUCCAAAUUUUUGAUUAUUUUGUCCUGAGAAUAUCUGACAGCCACAAGAAGGUGAAGCAGAAGGUGCUGGACGUGCUGUCAGAAAUCAUAGGCAUCCUAUGCCUUGAGCCCGAUAAAGUAUCACUGGUGAAAGAGUUUGGCCACCAAUGGAGUCAACUGAGUGGCCAAGCUCUGCUGGAUGUCACAGAGCAUAUCACAGUGCUUGUGGAAUGGGUUUAUCCCAGGAGCCCUGAAGUCGUCCAGCGCUCCGCCCUGCCCGUGCUCUGGUCCUUCCUGGGGAACAAGGCGCUGCCUGUCCGAAGAGCCAAUGUCCGCACUGUGGUCACCAAGCUUGCCUCUGCCCUCCACGAGGUGAUGGGCACCAAGCUGAGGAAGUGUGCUGCCAGCCAGCCUCCACAUGUGCGGGAAAACCUCUCCAGCAUCUUGGGCUGGUGA